CUCUACCAUCCGUGUGACCUUGGGGAUAGAAAAGACCCUUCUCAGUCCAGGUUGGGUUCCUGCAACUCUGAGGAAAAAAAAGAGGAGAAAAUGGAGGAGGUGACCAAGAAAGAAGGAAAAAAAGCAGCAGAAAGGCCAAUGGACUCGAGCCUUGGGAGGCAGCCUGGCCCUCUCUCCCACCAAGGGGAGACCAGAGCUGCUAUCCCCCAGGAGCCAAAAGUGUGGGGCCCUGGAGAGACAGAAGCAGGGGCCUACUGCCUUCAGGAGGAGGAGGAGGCUCUGAGCAUCCCUGGGUCAGCAGAGGAGGAUGAGGAGAUCGAGGCUGUCCAGGCCAUGGCUCUAGGGCUGGAGUUACAGUGCAGGCUUCAGCUCCACCUGGACCAGCUAGAGGCCAAGGCCAAGGCCAAGGCCAAGGCUGUGGCAGAUGCUGCCGCAGCACGGGGCAGCUCACAGCCUGCUCUGGGGGCCUGUGGAAGUCUGGCAGCCCCAGAUUGCCCUCAGCCCUUAGCCUGCCAGGGCAGUCAUGGGGAGCCCCACAUCAGGACCCAAGAUUUGGACGCUGUCCCGAGGCAAGUCCCUGAAGAGGUCAAGCUGGGUGAGAAGGGAGGCUCGGAGCCAUUUGGGGGGCCCCUUUGGAGAACAGAAUGGUGUCCCAGAGAGAAGGGAGAUAUUGCUGCUGAAGCUUGGGGAGGCCUGCCAACCUCUGAUCCUACUAGUGUUUGCCAAAGAAGACAGCUCUACCCAAAUCAGGAGCUAAAAGGCCAUGUCCCUGAAGGAGCCAGCACCCUGGAGCUAACACAAGAGAACUGCAGCCUCAGGGACAUCAGUAGCCCGAAGCCUGGAGAAGCCCUGACCCCACUUGGGGAGCAGCUGGAGAGGCAAGACCCCAGCUCCAGGACUUCUGACAGGAGGACAGUGGCCUUCAAAGAAAGGGCCUCUACGUGGAACUGAGGACCUGGGCUCCACAAGUCCCCAAACAGCCCCCAGUUGACCUGCUAGGUCAGAGCCUUGUGGCUACUGCUGGAAUCGGGCCCUUCUGGUGGCUCGCCAGGCAACAGAGCUGAGCCUGUGAUGGACACCUGCCCAGCUGUUGGAACCUGUGAGCCUCCUGAGGGAAAGGCCCCUGCCUGUAGGCCUUGUUCAUCUGUUCUUGAAUCCUUUGUCCCUGGCAACUCCUUGGGAUCUUGGGCUGGGGAAGGGUGAUGACCCUCUGCCACCAUGGGAGGAUCUAGAGCUGUGGAGGUGCAGUAAGGCUGCGAUCUGCCACCCCCUGGCCCCAGCUCUUUAUGACCCCCCCUCUGUUUCUUCAGCAUCUGGAGAGAGCUCAGAGAUCUCCUUCAGUAACAUCCUCCCCCACCAAGAACCCCCCAUGACCAUCUCCCCAGUUCUCUUCUCUCCUUUGCCUCUUUGUGCCCUCCUACAAGCCAUCCCAAAGACCAGAAACUUAGGAGCCAGGCUUGGCUUCCACUGAGGGUGACAACUUUUGAGAGGCUUGUCUUUGGAUCUCCCCAGUGCCUGACAUAUAAUAGAGACUUAAUAAAAGCUUGUUGGUCAAUUGAA